AUGUUCGACCAGGAAGACGACGCGUCGUGUCGCGAAAAGUGCUUCACGACCAUCACCCGCUUGCCGGCGUUCAUCGACCCAAAGCAAAUUCCAAGCAAAAGGGCGCCUUUUUCUACAAUUCAGAACCAUGCAUUCGCACACUCGGUUGAGGCUAUCAUGCCGAAGGGGGUCUACUCGAAGAUCGAGUCCUCGUUGAAAACCAAGCUGCAGAAACCUCAAUAUGCACGAGUGUUCAUGGCCCCUUCUGCUCUACUCGAGCAUGCUUUCUUCAAUACCUAUAUCAAGUCAGGAAAUAUUCUGAUGAUAUCCGAAGGCCGUUCGGGAUCUGAUAAUGUGUUCACGCUCCGAGACGGAGUUCUCCGAAUGGAGCUUGGAAAGGAAAUCUAUGAACGAACAGGUCUCACUGGCAAACCUUUCCGCAGCGGCGGCAGGAAACACGCAAAAGAAAGAUUCUUGGUCGAGCUGAACUUUCGACUGCCCUCAAUGCUACAUGGCAAGAAAGGCUUUGAAAGGAUCGUUUGGGCCUUUGCCAACGUUCUGACUCAGUCGGUGGCAUGGCUCUUUUAUGAUCUACAGAGUACCCCUGGCACGGACCAAACCACGAGACCAAUCCAUAAGCUUCGUCCUCAAAUGAUGACGUGUGAGCCAUCGGAGUCUGAGCACCGACAGAUCCUCACUCCGUCACCUAGCGCAAUCGCGCAAGACAUCGAUAAUACGCCGGAAGGCGGACUGCAGGAGCAACUGGGUUCUCUCCUGGAAUGGAUUGCCAUGGUUCAGAUAAACUCACCCCGUGUGUCUGGGGAAGAUGACGUCGAUCCGUACCUGAGCCGUUACUCUGUUCCAGAGAACUGUGAACCUUGCAGCCUAAUCAGCGUCAAAUGGCACGGCUUUAUCUCAUCACGCUGGGUUAUGGAACUGUUCUUAGCUCUACGCCACCAUACUCAAGACGAAUCUUGGUUCUCUCUUGCGGUAUCAACGCUUGGAAAAGAAGCUGUGGAGGGCAGAGACGGGUUCACUUUGAUGGUUCUACCGGAAGAAAACGGGUUGGCCGUCUUGUGGGAAUUGGUGGGAGCAUCCGUGACCGAAAACUGA